AUGAAGUUCGCCGGAACCGCUGCCUUUGCUCUCACCGUGGCCGUUGCUAUGGCUGGCAAGCUGUCAGACUCGCCUGCUCUUGAGCACGCUAAGUCCCAGUGCAACGUUGGUUCUAUCUCCUGCUGCAACUCUGUAGAGGAGACCAAGGCCGAUGGCAUUCUCGGAAACCUUCUCGCCGGAGGCCUUCUGAACGGUAUUCUGGGUAACUCCAACUCGCCUUGCGCCAGUACUAGCCUCAUCGAUGAGCUGAACAUCCUUGCCUCCGUCAAGAACAGCAAGUCGGGACCCGUCUGCAAGAACAUCAUUGCUUGCUGCCCUGAGGGAACCACCACUUGCACCGCCAUUGACAACUCUGGAAACGACGAGGAGUGA